UACUGCUUCACGAGUUCGGAUCCCGACUUCACCGUGCUUUGUGUUGUGCUUGUCCGCGGUUUCUGUUUCUGUGCUUACCACACUCGCUGCCCUAUUUGCUUCUCUGAACCUUGUGAAAAUCGUGCUAAAAUGUGAUCCGGAACCGGAAAUGCUUGAUGCGUACCAGUUACUGCAUUCGUUCAGUGUUCUUCCGUUGAGGUUUGCGGUCGUUUGGCGUACUUUCUGCACUUCAAUAAGGAGUAGUUCUACUGCGUAGCACCUCUUUAUUCAGCUGAACCAUGGCCUGCAGUUCGCCAGCUGCUGCCCUGCUCAAGUCUCCGCCGACGGCUCUUCAGCUGCUGCUGGAAGAGAUCAACUUCCAGCGGACCAAGGAGAUGCGGCAGCUGCUGAAAGACGACGGUGGCUUCGUCGUGCUGCAGGGCACCACCUACUGGACGGACCUGUUCGUGCGGCACUUUCUGUUCCAAACGGAGAAACGCCACACCAUCGACUGCGACGAUCUGCUGUUCUUCGUGCGCAAGAAGCACGUCAAGGGCUCGUCCCGGGUCAUGCCCAAGUACGAGACGGAGAUCGAGGUGUUCCGCAAGGACUCGCGCAAGCUGCCGAUCGGCGACCCGGACGUGGACUGGGAGGAAACGGUUUACCUCAACUUGGUGAUUCACCAGUUUGACUACACGCUCACGUUGGCCAUUUGUACGCGCACGUCGCCGAAGGAGCUGCAGGUGCUGCGGAGACACUCGCAGAAGGUGUACGCGUCGCCGAGCCGCCGGAAGAUGGACACCAAGGGCGAGAGCGAGGAGAUUACGUACCCGCACAUCUGCUUCAUGGUGGACAACUUUGACGAGGUGUUUCACGACAUUCUGGUGCGGGACGGGGAGAUGGUGUGCGUGGAGCUGGUGGCGUCGGAUCGGGAUGGGAGCGUUCAGGGGGUGAUCUUUUUGGGGUCGAUUCGGUACGACGCGCUGAAGAAGGUGUACGAUGCGAGGCAAUCGAGUCUCAGCACCAAGGUAGCGCAGCGCAUGUCCUUCGGACUGUUCAGUUCCGGAGGUCCGUCGACCCGGUGUGAGUUUGUCCGGAUGAAGGGACCUCAGGGCAAGGGUCACGCGGAGAUGGCCGUGACCAAGCCGAAGGGCUCCGGCGUUGAGACACCAACCAGUGAGCCUGGCUUCUGCGCCACCGACAUGUGGGACUCGGAGUGGGAGGAGGACUGCGACGAGUACUACAACUAUCGCCACCAACGAAGACUGAGCGAUCCGAGCGCCAACCUGAACAACUUCAGCCGGUACGGGUGGCGCACCAAGAACGCGAACGACUCGUCGUCGUACGGCGGAACGAAGGCCCGCUCGGAGAACGAGGGGCUGGACUGUCUCGCGAACGAGGUGUCCGAGAUCGAGGCCGGCGAUUUGAGAGAUGAUCGUCCUGUUUCCUCGGUGUCCGAUUCGAAGUUGGCCGCCUCGUCCGCUCCGCCCACCCACGGUUCGCUGGGCCGACACUGCGAAGACGCAGCACCGGUCAAGCCCCGGCUCCGGAAGACCAGCAGCGGUAGUCAGGCCGGUUGUUGCAACUGUUUUGGGCCGCGAAAGCGCUGGAGCGAUACCGGGUCGGCUCAGAUGUCGGACGUAUACUACGUUCAGUGUGCCCGUUGCGAGCAGGAAGCGCUGGAGCUGGCCGAUUCGCCGGCCUGCUUGAGCAAGGUCACCAAGGGAAGGUCGACGAUGAAGCACAGCAGUCUGCUGAUCGUGGAGAGUGAGAUAGAGUACGGGAGUGGGAAGAAGAAGGGCGGAGGGUCGGACAAGAAGAGUCCCAAGAAGGAAAAGAAGGUGCAAUCGCCGCGGAAGAAGAGCGGGAACAAUAACAAGAGUGAGAAGGGAGCUCAGGAAGAGGAGUACGAGAUAGCAGACGAUGCCGUUUCGUUGAACGGAGAUCUGGGUGAUGACGUGGCCAAGAUGGGCAUGAUGAACGAGCUGGACGCGAAUCAGAUGAUUCGGGUUAACGGGAGGGAAGAGUUUCCGGUGGAGGAAACGAAAACUAAAGCAAUUACGCAGCAACAAAAGACCAAGGCAGUCGAACUGCCCAAGGUGCAUGGGGAAGGUAUCAAGGAGCACCGGGAGAAAAAGUCCAGCAAGACACAGUCUACAGCUUCCAGCACAACUAGCAGCAACAGUAGAUUUUCUCUCAUUUAUCGUAAGACUAGUAAUAAGUUAUCGCUAAAGAGCAAAUAUCCCUCCGUGGAUAGCAGUACUGAGAAUGCUAACGAUAAGCCUAACCGUAGAAAUAGUACCAGCAGCAGUAGCAACAAGCAAGAAGACGUCAAUGGAAACAACAGCGGCACCAAGAGUGAUCCCGAACAGGAACCGGAGUCUUCCCCCGAGCAGGACCGGCGUGACAGUGCCAACAUAAUCGAAGCGUUACGGACGUUACGAGCGAAGAAAGCGUGCUCGACGCUACCCAAAGUCAAGAAACCGACCUACAACAGCUUCUAUCUGAGGCCGCACAGUAUGAGCGGACGACCGGUGGAUCAUGUCCCCAAAAAGCGAACGCCGGACGGGACGGACAUCUACUACUGGUGUGACUACCACCCCAAGAAGAAAGAGCUCGACGACGGCGCGUACAACCCGCUAUGGACGACCAAGGGCUUCACGCAGACGUUCCACUUCUGGAAGGAGAACCGGCGCCAGCAGUCGACGCCGCUGAACGCGUUCCUCACCUACGUGACGCUGCCUUGGUGGAGCAUAGCGAAGGACCUUCUGGAUCAUCGCGAACAGCCAAUACUGACGUUCUAAUCGCGGGUCGAACAUUCCUAAAAACUGCACAUCUGGAGCCACUAGAGCAAACAUCUCACACACACUCACUCUACUCUCUCCAUGUGUCGAUAAAACGAUACAUGGAAAACUAUUUUUAUACCGUAAACAAAUAAACACACACACACACUUCACUACAAAACAAAACUUAAUCCAGGAAUAAACCGCAAACGAAAACUCAAUAAAACCGUACUGAAAGAGGAAGUAGAAGACCGUAAGCUACGUAGUCCGGGGGAAGCCGUUGGUUCUUGUUCCGGAACAAUUCCAGAUAUUUUACCCUUGUCAUAACGCGUAGGUUAGGAUUACCCAAUCUGGAAAGCGUAACAUUACUUGAGCUAGUCAUUUUCUGUUUUAUUUUGCUGGAGGAAUUGAACCUCGUGAAACGUUUCCAACCUAGGGAAAGGGGAUUUUGGGGCGCUUGCAAAGUGUUGUCACGUAAAUAAAGUACACCAGCUGAAUGCAUGAAAUUUAUCCUCACUGAUGUCUGAUGGUACUUACUUUUUCAUUCCAACGAAACGGCAAACUUACAUCACUCUCAUGUAAUCUUAUGAAAUUAUUGUUAUUUAUACAAACAAGUGCAGUCAUUAGCUGGUACCUAUUAUUGGACGUUCUGCAAGAACAAUAAGAACAACAACUAAUAGCAGGAAACAAAUUAAAAAUACAUAAGCAUAUGAAAGUA